GCUCCCGAAACCUAUAGGUUAAGAGUCUUUGCCGGCAUAAGAGUUUUAUUUGGGUUUUAAGUGAAUGGAUGCAAUUCUGAACAGAAAAGUUUAGCGCAGUCCCGUUUGAUAGUCAUUACAAAACCCCAUCACUGAACACUCAUCUCUUUUAUAUAAGCUGGAUGGAGUCAGAAGUGGAAAAUCUAAAAGCAGCAGCCUCUGAAGAAAAAGACUGUGAUCUGCCGUCUUUAGGGGAUAAAGUUGGCACGGAAAAGAGCGCAUAUGCAGAAGCACAGAGACCCACAUGGAGCGGGGACCUGGAAUUCAUCCUGGCGUCGGUGGGGUAUGCGGUGGGACUGGGCAACGUCUGGAGGUUCCCCUACCUCUGCUACAGCAGCGGGGGAGGUGCCUUCAUCAUCCCUUACUUCACUAUGGUGGUCUUGUGUGGCAUUCCUCUGCUCUUCAUGGAGUUUGCCAUCGGCCAGUAUAGCCGUCUAGGUCCAGUGCAUGCCUUGGCCAAAAUCUGCCCCCUGUUAAAAGGUGUUGGUCUGGCCACAGUCGUCAUCUCCUUCGUGUUCUCCACGUACUACAAUGUGCUCAUGUCCUGGGCACUGUACUAUCUGUUCAAUUCGUUUGGAUCCUCUCUUCCCUGGAUGUCUUGCAACAACACUUGGAACGUCGUUGAAAACUGUUCCACCGGUUUCACAGGGAACGCCACUCACCUGCAGUCCUCAAGUCAGCAGUUCUUCGAUCACAAUCUUCUGGAGAAGACUAAUGGGAUUGAAGAAGUUGGUGGCCUUCGCUGGGAAUUGUUUGGCUGUCUUUUUGCCACUUGGACCGUCAUUUAUUUAUGCAUAUUUAAAGGGGUCAAAUCCACUGGCAAGGUUGUGUAUUUCACUGCUCUUUUUCCGUACGUGGUCUUGUUCGCCAUGCUCAUCAAUAAUGUGCAGCUACCUGGAGCCAAGAAUGGAGUCCUGUACUUUGUUACGCCUGUCUGGAGCAAACUGCUUGAAGUGAAGGUUUGGACUAAUGCAGCUGCCCAGGUGUUUAAUUCACUUGGAAUAGCAUUCGGCUGCAUGAUUUCCAACUCAAGCUACAACAAAUUCAACAACAAUAUUCUCAGGGAUGUGUUGAUUGUCUCAAUAGUGAACAUGUUCACUAGCCUCCUGGCUGGCUUUGUGAUCUUCUCAGCUAUUGGCUACAUGGCUCACAUACAUAACCUGCCAGUGGACAAUAUAGCUACAGACGGUCCAGGUUUGGUGUUUGUUGUGUACCCUGAAGUUCUCUCCACCAUGCCAGUCUAUCAGCUUUGGGCACCACUGUUCUUCAUCAUGCUGCUGGCUCUGGGCCUGGACAGUCAGUUUGGCAAUGUGGACGUAGUUGUAACAUUCUUAAAAGAUGAGUUUGGACCCGAAGUUUCACGUUUCCUCAAGAAAGAAGAACUGCUGGUACUGGUUGUGUGCAUUGCCUGUAAUGUUUUGGGGAUCCCACAUGUUGCUAAGUGCGGUAUAUAUGUGUUUCAGCUGAUGGACCACUACACUGCUGUGGUUUCACUCGUGUUCCUGGCUUUAUUUGAAAUUGUGGCUGUGUGCUGGAUCUUUGGUGUCUCACGGCUUUCCUUAAUGGUCAAGAAGAUGCAAGGAAAAGUUCCAAGCAUCUACUUCCGCUUCUGCUGGCUGCUGGCCUGUCCUUUGCUGAUGUUGUGCAUACUGACCUCCAGUAUUGUUCACUACACCCCUGCUGUUUAUGAAGACUACGUCUACCCAGUGUGGGCUGAAUGGCUGGGCUGGGGUAUCUCACUGGUCUCCAUGAUAUGGAUCCCACUUGGUGCUGUUCAUGAGAUGUAUAAGCACAAAGGACCAUUUCUUCAGAGACUAAAAACAGCUCUGUCUCCAACGUUAGACCUGGAUGCUGAGGAAUUUCUGCAGGAAAAAGAAAGCUGUAACAACCUGGAGUCUGAGAAGUUCCUAACUUCUCCAGUAUGACCACAGAUUACUGCAACACCAUGUCAUGUACUCUUCAUGGUUUCAUUCAGCAAAACAUUCUUUAAGAUGAAUCUUGAAAUCAUCUGUAAAACAGUAGGCCACUUCACUGUUAGACACUGAACUGCACUCUCAUUCAUUAAUUGAGUUUAAUCUGUGAUGAUGAGAAUUAUUUUGUAGCCCGUAGGAAUUAUCUCGGGGUUUGUUGCAACCAAAUGCUAAAGUCGAUCAUUUCCUACAUCCCUUGCUUCGUUAUCGCCUGAUAUAAACAUCAGUGCAUUAGUGCACAGACUAUAAUCAAUCUGUGGCAGAGGUAAUCAGGUAGCUUUUAACAUUUGAAUCUUAAUAAAUCUAUAAUCCUAUAUAGAAGUAUUUGGCUGCUUGAGUCUUCAGUGACAUUUUCAGAUCUAAUGCUUCACAAUGGUGCUGAUUAUAGUUUGUUUUACUUGAAAUACUGGACCAAAUCCAGCUGUGAAGUGCAGACUCCUUCUGUCUUCGUGGUUGUGACAAAGUAGAUCAGAUUUCCUCUGCUCACCCUUUCACUUAGCUUACAUCUAGCUUUUAUAUCUGUUCAUUUUGCUUUGACUUAUCAUAACCAUACAAGAAAGACCUUAUUAAUUAACUCACAUUUGUUUGUGCUGGCACGACAUUACAGUUUACACCAAAGCAUAUACUUUAUAUGAGUUACAACAGAGCCACGGGUUAGUUUAUAGUUCUUUAUGGAUCUUUAGGUUUAAAUACCAUGAAAUAAUUUCACAUUUAAUUUGACACCGAACAGAAAUGCUAUGCCCUGCAUUUUCUAACUUUUAAGGUAUUAGUUCUGCAUUAGAGUAGAGCAUGCUCUUUUUUAGGGGCUUUUUUUUUUACAAGGCUUGUGUUUCAGGUUGUUUUCGGGUUUUGGGGCUCCUUUUUGUUUUUUUAGUCAUCACUUGGAUUGGACAAACUAAAACACAGAACGGUAUAAAACAAUGUGUUCUUGAUUGUAGUCUGUUGUCAGCUGGAUAGAUAAAGCAUCAUAACUCUUCAACACAGUCGGGUUUUGUUCAUUCAAGUUAGUCGCCAAUAUCUAUGUAAAAAGACAAAAUGGUUAAAUUGACAUUAUGAUGGUUUCUUAUCCAGAACCAACCCACUGAGAGCUAAAAGGUCAUUUACAUCUGGCCUUGGCUUUUAUUUUGCCCCAGAUGUUGAGAUACCUGAGUUAGAAAGAAAGUGAGGAGCCACUACUCAUCCUUGCCUUGCACCAACAAUAAAGAAUAUUAUUAAAUAUUAAAUAUAAUCUAUCAAGCAGCUGUAGCUGAUCCAGAACGCUGCCGCCAGAGUCCUUACAAACACAAGGAAACUGGACCAUAUUACACCGGUCAUGAAAUCACUACACUGGCUUCCAGUGAGUCAAAGGUUAGAGUUUAAAAUCUUACUGCUGGUCUACAAAGACCUGGAUGGUCUUGGACCAAAAUACAUGGUUGAUCUGUUAGUUCCUAUGAAGCUCCCAGACCCCUGAGGUUCAUCUGGAUCUGGUUUGUUGUGGUUCCCAAGAACCAGAACCAAGCAAGGUGAGGCAGCGUUCAGUUAUUCUGCUCCUCACCGGUGGAACAAACUUCCUGUAGACCUGAGGUCUGCUCCAACUGUAGAUCCUUUAAAUCAGGGUUAAAAACAUUACUGUUUACU